CCUGUUUUUAAUAUGCCUUGUAAUGCAGUAGGGCUUGGUUAGCACAGAUUUGGCUGCACACAGGUUCACACAACAUAAUCCCAGAACAUGGCUUUAAAGCAGGAGGAUCUAUUGCGAGACAUGCAGAAGUGUUUUUACAACCUGAAUGUUGAAGAGGAUAAAAAAGAGACAGUAAUUCCGAGAGAACGGUGUGUGCAUGAAAAAAAAAAUACUGACAGUAUUGAUAUCCGAUGUACAGACUUUCCUGAUUUCUCAGAGGAUUUCCGUCAGAUUCUUAAAGCUGGCUGGCUAGAGAAAACUCCUCCGAAAGGUGGGAAGAUUUACCGGCGCCGAUGGGUGCAGCUGGAUUCAGAAUAUUUGAGAUAUUUUCAAUCCAUCAAGGAAGUAUACUCUAAAAGGAUGGUAUCUCUGGGAUCUAUCGAUAAGGUGGUCAGUGUCGGAGACUUGCGAUUUGAGCUCCACAAUCAGAGCCGGACUUUUCUGUUUCGAGCGGAAUCUACUCAGGAAAGAAAUGACUGGGUGUGUUGUAUUGAAAAGAUUCUGAGUGAUCGCAAACAUAGUAUGGAGCCCCGAAAUCUGUUCUUUAGGAAUGGAAGUGUGAAUAUUAGUAUUGAGGGCUACCUGGAGAUGUUGUCGCCAUGCACCAAAGUCUACACGCUUUUCAGCAAGGACAAACUGUUCUUCUUCAGGAGCCAGGAGGAAUAUUUUCAGGGUUUAGGCAUCACUGAACUAGACAUGCGAAUGGCCAACGUGAGAGAUGGAGAAAACAAGCGCUCUUUCACGCUCAGCACUCCGUACAGAGCAUUCAGUUUUAUGGUGGAUUCAGAGAGUGAGAAGCAGAGAUGGUGUGAGGUGCUUAAAGAGUGUGUGAGUCGCGCUCUGUCAUGUGAUGGGUUGUGUGAAAGCAUUUGGCGUGUGCCAUCAAACCGUUUGUGUGCGGACUGCAGCUCUUCGAUGCCGGAGUGGGCUUCAAUCAACCUGUGUGUUCUGCUGUGUGAAAAAUGUGCAGGCGCACACAGAAGUCUGGGCCAGAACGUGUCAAAGGUUCGCAGUUUGAAGCUGGAUGAACGAGUGUGGACUGAUGAUCUCAUCAGGGUUUUUCUGCUGCUGGGUAACGGCAAAGCAAAUCAGUUCUGGGGAGUGAAUAUUCCCCCGAGUGAGAGUCUUUGUGCGAGCGCAAACAGCGAGCAACGUCUUGAACACAUCACAGCAAAAUACAAAGAUGGAAAAUAUCGCAAAUACCACACACUCUAUGGCCAACAGGAGGCACUCAACAGUGCUCUGUGUUCAGCGGUGCAGUCUGGUGAUUUGUUAGAGACUCUCUCGCUGCUGAAUUGUGGGGCGGACAUCAGCUGCAACACUGGUAUCCCAGAAUUCCCUACUCCACUGUCUCUGGCCAAACGCAGUGGCCAAACAGUACAGGCGGAGCUACUUAUGCAGAAUUUGAACUCAGAGUCGUUUACGCCAGUGGAUAAAGAUGUGUCCAUUCGAUCGCAGUCUGGCUAUCUUUUUAAGACCGCCUCAUCAACUCGGCCAGUCACAGACCACAAAACCAAAGCAGAUUUCUCUCAGCGUUGGUGUUGCCUUGGUGAUGGAAUGUUUAGCUACUUUAAGAGUGAACAGAGUCACAACAAGUGUGGUGGCAUGAAGACCAGUGAAAUCAUCUGCCUGUCUGUCAACAGCCCAGGGAAACAUGGCUAUGAACACACGUUUGAGCUGUACUCUGAGGAGGGGAGAGUCUACCUGUUUGGAACUGAUGAUGGCAGCAUCGUCAAGAACUGGAUCAGGGCUAUUGCCAUGGCUGUGCUGCCUCCUGAACUGUUUGAUAUGUGUGGAACCUGUGAUCGUCUGGGUCGCCUGCGCUGCACUGAGGGCAACCAUGGCAUCGGUUGGUUUUGCCUGAGCACCUUCAAACUGCAGGUGUUACUGGAAGACAAUGUACAAGCAAUCGACCUGCGCAAGCUACUCACAAUCAAUCUCUCUGACAGUGCUGGCUCCAUGGUACUUGUGUGGAGAGGUGGACCUCUGCAUUUGCUGGCUGACCGAAGGCCUCAUUUUGUGGGCUGGCAGACCUUCAUUCAGCAGAGAUCUGGUGCUGGGGAUCAGCCACUAUCACAACAGCAACUCACUGAUCUGGGUGUCCCUGUGACUAUUGACCGCUGCCUGGACCAUAUAACACGUUAUGGACUGAUGUCAUCAGGAAUCUACCGGAAGAGUGGGAUUAAUUCUCAUGUGACCAAACUGUUGGAGAGGUUUCAAAAUAAUGCACGAAGUGUAACACUGCGUGAAUCAGACUAUUCUGUGGAUGACGUGGCUAACACACUGAAGCGAUUUCUCAGGGAGGUCAAAGAUGGAGUCUUUAAUGGACAAGAAAACAGCAACAGCUGGCUUAGAGCAGCAGGUCUUGAGGACAGAAGCGAGAAGAUUCAUAGAUACCAGAUUCUCCUUUCAAACCUCCCAGAAGUUAACAGAGAAACACUCAAAGCACUCAUACACCACCUGGUUUGUGUUCAGCACCUGUCUGAUGAGAAUCAGAUGACUAUACGAAACCUUGGUAUCGUGUUCGGUCCAACACUUUUUCAGACAGAUGGAACGGAUGUCACAGGAUCUCAGGUGGUGGAGGAACUGAUCCAAAACUACUGCAGCAUUUUUAAUGUGAGACUGAUGUCAUCAGGAAUCUACCGGAAGAGUGGGAUUAAUUCUCAUGUGACCAAACUGUUGGAGAGGUUUCAAAAUAAUGCACGAAGUGUAACACUGCGUGAAUCAGACUAUUCUGUGGAUGACGUGGCUAACACACUGAAGCGAUUUCUCAGGGAGGUCAAAGAUGGAGUCUUUAAUGGACAAGAAAACAGCAACAGCUGGCUUAGAGCAGCAGGUCUUGAGGACAGAAGCGAGAAGAUUCAUAGAUACCAGAUUCUCCUUUCAAACCUCCCAGAAGUUAACAGAGAAACACUCAAAGCACUCAUACACCACCUGGUUUGUGUUCAGCACCUGUCUGAUGAGAAUCAGAUGACUAUACGAAACCUUGGUAUCGUGUUCGGUCCAACACUUUUUCAGACAGAUGGAACGGAUGUCACAGGAUCUCAGGUGGUGGAGGAACUGAUCCAAAACUACUGCAGCAUUUUUAAUAGGCCCUUGAGUCGAACUCCAUCCAGCACCAUUUGUGUUGUUUACCUGGAAAAGAAAGAUGAGGGUGCAGAGGUGCUUGUUCAGAUUGCAGCAGAUAUGACAGUAGUCAAGUUGGUUUCUGUGGUUUUGGAGCUUAAAGGAAUUCAGCAGGCCAAUGAAGAGUACUGGAGCUGCUAUGAAGUUCUAGAGAAAGAGGACAUGGAGAGGACUCUGCAUUACCAGGAAAGGGUGCUGCCAAUCUAUUUCUCACUUAGUUGUCACUCUCACCUGCUGAUCAAGAGGAAUCAUUAUAUCGUCAGCAUCAAGAGGUACCUGGAGAAUAUAGGGAAUCUCUGUAAAAGUGGACCCUUGCCUGUUUGUGAGGUUAAAAAUGAAAGUAGCAAAAACUUACACAGUCGUCACUGUGAGCUUUCUGGCACCACCUUCAGACUUCACAAGGAACUGCAGGGUUCUCAGUGUGAGAGGGAAUAUCCUGUCAAAGAGCUUAAGCUCUAUAAUGGUUGCCGGAGCAAACUGCAUCCACCCACACCAUGGGGACUAACACUGGUUCAUGACAAGCAGCAGUGGUGAAGGAACCUGCCAAGAGUAAGCUUGACUCUUGGUACUUCCAGUCGAACCGCUGCCUGGCUGCCUCAAGGAGGAAGGUCCCGUUCUUCCCGGAUGUCCAUGAGAAGUCGUGGUCUGCACCCUAGUCGGCACGCGUCCACCCUUCCACUCAGGUCAUCUUCUCCCACAUGGACAGGGCAGAGGCCCACGGCUAUGUGCGCAUACCCCCCGUUGAGCAGACCAUCGCCGAGCAUCUGUGUCAUUCAGAUGGAUGCGAACAUCAUGAAAGACCUGCGUGCGAGGACGGACUUCACGCUGAUGGCGACAAAGCGCUCUGCUCAAGCCAUCGGUCAUUCCAUGGGCUUCAUGAUAGUCCUUCUCAGUGGAUGGGACCCAGGAAAAGGCGCCAUGGACAGAGGAGCCCUCGCCGUGACAGCGGACCGCCCUCGGCUGCCAAGCCCUCAUCCUGACGGACUGGCAAAGAUGAGGAGAGAGCUCACUGCAGGCCCGGCCCCCAAGCGCCGCAUCCUGCAUCAUGUCCCUCUUGUUCCUGUAGAGCAGCGCAGAGCCGCUGUCUGUGCCUGUUACGGCCUCCCAGUGUUGUCCUCCACGAGCCAUUUCCCCACCAGUGCGUUUAGCCUCGCCGGGGCUGGGCGCCAGUCUACAAACAUCAUUGCCAGUGAUAGUGACCGCAGAGAUUCGGUGCUAGUUCCUAGAUGCGUGGAGAGCUAUUCCAGGCAUUUCGCGCUGGGUGCUGAGCAUAAUAGAGCACGGAUAUUCCGUCCAGUUCAGACCACCAUCGAGUGGUUCAUCACUGACACUGCCUUAAAAAUGCCCAUUUUGAGACAGGAUGUUCACAACCUGCUCGCAAAAGGAGCGUAA